AGUGAAUGAGAGACAGAGAGAGAUUUAGACAGGGGCACAAGAUACCGGUUGCUCACACACACUCAAGCUCUCCACCCAGCCUCACUUAUGUGCGGCUCCUCUCAAGGCUUCACAGCCUCGUCCUCUGAGUGCAGCACAGUCAUGUUAACCUCAGAAGGGUCACCGCACAGCACAGGGGUCGUGGCGGUGGCGACAGCCAAGUCGGUGGGUGCAGACAUGACGUCAUGGAGCGAGGCGGACUUUGAGGAUAAGUGCACGUACAUCGUGAAGGACCAGCCCCUGGAGGAAGAUUCCCCAAAGUGCAGCAAGACGCGAGCGGAGCGAUCCUUGCCCAGGAACUUGGCCCUGAAACGGCGCCUGGACUCAGCACAGGUGCUUGGGGUGACCAGCAAGGAGUUGAUUCCAAAAGGGACACGCUUUGGACCUCUGAUAGGGGAAAUGUACACCAAUGAAACGCUGCUGAAAGACGCGGAUAGAAAGUAUUUCUGGAGGGUCUUCUCCGAGGGGACCUUACACCACAUCCUGGAUGGUUUGAAUGAAGAGCAGAGCAACUGGAUGCGAUACGUAAACCCAGCCUGCGGGGUGGAGGAGCAAAACCUGGUUGCAUGCCAGAGUGGUCUGGACAUAUACUUCUACACCAUUAGGCCCCUUCAGCCGGGCCAGGAGCUGCUGGUGUGGUACUGCUCUGAACUGGCCCAACGUUGUAACUACCCUCCCCUUGGACAGCUCACUAUGACCUGUGCAGAGCGUCGCCCAGCUCAGAGGAAAACAACGACAAAACGAGGACACAGUAUGACUGAGAUCCUCCAAGAAGAGCCCAAAUCCCUGUCUAGCCUCCCCCGGCAAAUGGAUGGUUGUUUAUCAGGUUUCCCCAUUGUCUACCCAAUUCAGCCUCAUUCUGAAUCUGUCCAUAGAUAUGCACCUCUGGUCCCGCUACCAUCAUGCAGUCCUCCAGCUGCCAAAAGACCAGCUUUAAGUAGCCACGUCCCUUCUAGUUUGCACUUCAGCUUUCAGCACAGUCCAAGUCACGUUCUAGGGAAGCCUUACCAAGAAGCUUCUGUACCGGAUCAGGUUUAUCCUGCUCUGAGACACGCUUCGUAUCUGCUGCCUCACUACUCACCUGACAGCAUUGUACCUCAUCCCUACCUGUCCUAUGUUGAUCGACUAAAACCCUACCUGACAUUCUCCACUCAUUUACUGCCCUUUGAUGGCUAUGCACAUCUUCUCCAUCAUCAGGCCAGUGGACACAAGAACUCCUCCUUUGCUCUAUCAAAUACCAAAGUAGACCUCAUUCCUUCACCAGCUAGUCAGACCAAAGACCAAAAGAACCAUGUAUCCAAAAACUACCUCAAGAUUCCUUCCCGGCAUCUGGAAGAUACAGAGCUCCCUUUGCCGUCUACAUCCAGCGCCACAUCCGUGGUCACCUCCCUCUGCAGAGCACAGCCCUCACUUCUUCCCGGGGGAUGCUCUCCGCUACUGGGUACAGCGGCCUCCAUGGAUGGAGUCCCUUCAAAACCUACCGCUGCCAAUCAAAGCAACACAAAGGACGAAGUGGACCUCAGGAAGACCAAACAAGGAGAGCAUGUCAUCGGUUACAAGACUUUGUCGUACCCGCUCACCAGGCAGAACGGAAAGAUCCGAUACGAGUGUAAUGUCUGCGGGAAGGUCUUUGGGCAACUGUCAAACCUUAAGGUUCACCUGCGAGUGCACAGUGGAGAGCGCCCUUUCAGGUGUCAAACCUGCAGCAAAAACUUCACCCAGCUGGCACACCUGCAAAAACACUACCUGGUGCACACUGGAGAAAAGCCCCAUGAGUGCAAGGUAUGCCACAAGCGAUUCAGCAGCACCAGCAACCUGAAGACCCACCAGAGGUUGCACUCCGGUGAGAGGCCAUACCAGUGCAAGCUGUGCCCGGCGCGCUUCACUCAGUUCAUCCACUUGAAGCUCCACAAGCGCCUGCACACUGGAGAGCGUCCGCACCGGUGUCCCCGCUGCCCUUGUGCCUAUUUCCACAAGUGUAGCCUUCAGGUGCACCUCCAGGGAUUCUGUCCUCUGUCGCCCUCUGCUUUGCAGCGGCACUCCAGGGAGGAGCUCCACAGAGUCAACGCCGAGAUCGAGAGGUUUGACACGAGCGAAGCGGCGGAGCAGCUGGAAGCAAUGAUGGUGGAGGCGAAGCUGGACAAAGGAGACGUGCUUGAUCUCAUACAAAGGAUGGACAGUCGGACCUCCGGCCAACAGGAUGGUGCCACAGAGGCCUUUGAACUCUUUGAAUUGGCAAAAAAGAGUUUGCUUCUUCUACCUCUUCAUCCAAGCAGCAUCAAACUGGAGUCAGGCUGCAUGUCAGAGCCCCAAGACGGCCUUGCUAAUCCAGCCAUAUAAUCCUUACAGGUCAACUCAGCAGCUGUGUGGCACUGCCCUAUUUGAGGUAAAGCCUCAUCCAUAAAAGACUGUUGCAUGUGAAGAAUCAAGUCUCCACCAGUACGGCCUGGGAGCGGUGACUCUUGUUGAAUUAACGUAUAAAAUGCUGCUAAUUUAUUACGUCGCUCAGCUAUACAAACAGGGUUCAUUGUCAUGUCAUGCAAUGUCAGCCAAAAAUGUUUUCUAUAUAAACAAUGUCAGUAUGAGAAUGUGUGUGUUGGGUUUAUCUGUCUUCUAAUUAAAGAUACAAUUAAAGCAGAGGCAUAACACAUGUAAAGAGG